AUGAGAUAUGGUACGAUUGAUUUUGAGACAAUUAUACAUCAGAGUUCAAAUGAACUUGAUAAAGGCAGCUUAGUGCUGAGAAUCAGUCCACAAUCGAACAACAAGGUCAUUUAUCAUCUGGGGAAAAAGUUCGGAUGUCACCCGUCGACAGCUUUAAAACUGCUACAAUUUGCCAAGAAAUUAGAAUUAAAUGUCAUCGGUAUAAGUUUUCAUAUUGGAAGUGGCUGUGUAGAAGCUGGAGCUUUUGAAGCCGCGAUAGAGCUGUCAAGACGUGUAUUUGAUUUAGGACACUCUGUUGGAUUCAACAUGCACAUCCUUGACAUCGGUGGAGGAUUUCCUGGCGAGAAAAAUGUGCAGACAAAUAUUACUUUUGAAAAGAUAGCUAACGAUGUGAACCUCUCAUUGAAUAAAUAUUUCCCUGGUAACGACGUCAGAAUUAUAGCUGAGCCCGGACGGUACUAUGUUGCUUCAGCGUUCACAAUUGCCACCAAUAUUAUAACAAAGAAAAUUGUUACAGAUGACGAAAAUGUGUUACCAAGUUAG